GUGUUAGAAUCCACCAUUAAUGCUUUCACGAUCAUCUUUAUUGCAUCUUUCUCUCUCACAGCAUAUAUAGGUACAAUUGAAAAUCUCAACAGAGAAACAACUCCAUUAACUCUCCUUCGUUGUUUUGUUCAAGUUUUUUUUUUUUUUUCUUCUUCUCUCAAUGAUGAUUCAAUUUCUCUGUACUCAACAUUUAUUGCAAAAGCCAGCCUAAAACUCGCUGAUUAUUGUCCUUGCAAGCCCACAACAAUAAUUAUCACUUUCGAAUUCCUCUAGAGGGCAAUAAAUGCCAAGUUUUAGCAUUUAUAGUCUCUCUAUCUCUGUCUCCCUCUCUCUUUGUGUAAGUUUUUUGGGUGAAGGCUUUCCUCGGAGCUUUUAGUGUUGGAAUAUUGGUGUUUUGUGGUGGUGGUGGACUAUAAUAGUAAAGGGUUUUCUUGGAUCUUUUAGCGUUAUUGUUUUGUGGUGGUGGAGUUUGAAACAGUGGGGCUUUAAAGGGUUUUUUUUUUUUUUUGAGGGGGGGGUUCUUUUGGUGUGCGUGUUUGUGAAAAUUAGGAGUGAGCUAUGGGGAGAACACCCUGUUGUGACAAAAGGGGUUUGAAGAAGGGACCAUGGACUCCUGAGGAGGAUGAGAUUCUUGUUGAUUAUAUCAAGAAGAAUGGUGGCCAUGGGAGCUGGAGGUCUCUCCCUAAGCUUGCAGGUCUUCUUCGCUGUGGAAAGAGUUGCCGGCUUAGGUGGACAAAUUAUCUUCGACCAGACAUUAAGCGUGGUCCAUUUACUGUAGAGGAAGAGAAGCUUGUUAUACAGCUUCACGGCAUCCUCGGAAACCGGUGGGCUGCUAUUGCCACUCAACUAGCAGGGAGAACUGACAAUGAGAUCAAAAAUUUAUGGAACACCCACCUGAAGAAGCGCCUCAUUUGCAUGGGCCUUGACCCUCAAACACAUGAGCCCUUUACCUCUUGCAGUACAACUAUAACAGCACCUGCAUCCCCUACCACUCGCCACAUGGCACAAUGGGAGAGUGCUAGGCUGGAAGCUGAGGCUCGGCUUUCAAGGGAGUCAUCACUCUUCAAUCCAAUUCCUUCAGGAAGAACUGAUUCGGACUAUUAUCUUCGCAUGUGGAACUCGGAAGUUGGAGAAUCGUUUCGGAAGUUCAGUAGGGUAGAUAAAACUGCUUGCCAGAGCCCAGUUUCUCAGGCAUCGUCAUCGACUAAAUGUGGAUCACUUUCAGCUGUCUCAGCAGAGAUUGGCCCCAUUUUUGCAGGGUCCUCAACUGCAGGAAGCAAUCAAAAUGAAGAUAUGGAGUGCAAGAGUUGCAAAUCCUACACUGAAGAAAUGAUGGCUGGGUCUGAUUCCUCAAGCACCGAAGAUUCAGAGGAUUCAUCAGAUAAUGCAUUGCAGCUGCUGUUGGAUUUCCCCAUUAACAAUGACAUGAGCUUUUUGGAGGAAGACAUGGAUAAGUAUGCAAUGCCGUGUGCCAUGUUGACAGAAAACUCCUUCAUCUGCCACCUCUGAAGCAUGCCUCAAGUGCUUGCUGUGUAUUUUUGAAGCCUCUGCCGCAUGAAGUUUGUGCCUUUUGUUUUGGUAUUUAAGAUUAUGAAGGAAUUGCGAGAGCAAAGAGUGGGGCUAAGCCCAAGUGUACUAGUCAGCUUCUUGACGGAGUGCAGUUAGAAUGGUGCUUUACCAUUUGCUAGGUUUUGUUUAUUAGCUCAGUAUAUAUAGGAGAUACAUAUUCCUCUCUUCAUUUCAAAGCUUCAGUGGUAGAUAAGCAGACUAGGUCUUUCUUGUACUUGAGUAGUGCAGGUGAUGCUACUAAUUAAUAUGAACUGUUUAUUUUUAUCAUUGUUAUUCCAGCUAUGCAGCUGUUCCACUACAUUUUC